AGGCGUCCUCUCUCUCACAAACUACUUGUGCAUUGGAAGUUUAUGGGACUCGAGCUCAUCAUUCCUUGCCUGAUAGUGAUGAAUAGUCGCAGUGUGCUGUGAUUUAUCACGCAGGCGGGCUGGUACUGUAUGUGUGUCUCACAGUAUGGAGGAAAGUGGGGAGGUGAAAGUUCAUCAUGGCUUGGGAAUAUCAAGUGACAAUGUGGAAAAGUUUGGCUGCCUCCGCAGAUUAAAUGUCUCAAACUCGCAGAAUGACUAGCGAAGGGAAAUACAAUGAAGUGGACGGAGAAAACGAAUCGCUACCGUUCGAUUAUUAUGACGAUGAAAACUAUUUUGACACGUUCACGGACGGGGACGGAGACUGCGGGUGUGAUGAAGGAGUACUCGGGUUCAGUGAUCCGUUCAGCAGUGAGGUGAAACCUCGUAUCCUGCUCAUGGGCCUGAGGCGUAGUGGCAAGUCUUCCAUUCAGAAAGUUGUAUUCCACAAGAUGUCGCCCAAUGAGACUCUCUUUCUGGAGAGCACCAAUAAGAUUUGUCGAGAGGAUGUGUCCAACAGUUCCUUUGUCAGCUUUCAAAUCUGGGACUUUCCUGGUCAGAUAGAUUUCUUCGACCCCACAUUCGACUAUGAGAUGAUAUUUCGUGGAACAGGGGCUCUGAUCUUUGUCAUUGAUUCACAGGAUGAUUAUGUGGAGGCAUUGAGUAGACUUCACCUCACUGUGACAAGGGCCUACAAGGUCAAUCCAGACAUCAACUUCGAGGUGUUCAUCCACAAGGUGGAUGGACUCUCCGAUGACCACAAGAUUGAGAAACAGAGGGACAUUCACAAACGAGCCAAUGAUGAUCUAGCUGAUGCUGGUUUAGAAAGGAUACACUUAAGCUUCUACCUGACGAGCAUCUAUGAUCAUUCAAUUUUUGAGGCCUUCAGUAAAGUUGUGCAGAAACUCAUCCCUCAGCUUCCAACCCUUGAGAAUCUGCUUAACAUUUUCAUAUCUAAUUCAGGGAUUGAAAAGGCUUUUCUCUUUGAUGUGGUCAGCAAGAUUUACAUAGCUACAGACAGCAGCCCGGUGGACAUGCAGACCUACGAGUUGUGUUGUGACAUGAUAGAUGUGGUUAUUGACAUCUCAUGCAUCUACGGGUUGACUGGCGAUGAGGCUGGAACUCCAUAUGAUAAAGAAUCCAUGGCUAUAAUCCACCUUAACAACACCACAGUGAUGUAUCUAAAGGAGGUCACCAAAUUCCUUGCCCUGGUGUGUUUCCUCAGGGAAGAGAGUUUUGAGAGGAAAGGACUUAUCGACUACAAUUUCCACUGUUUCAAGAAAGCCAUAGAGGAGGUGUUUGAUGUGCAUUUGAAAGUGCAGAGGAAUCGGAAGCUUCUAAACCAGAGGAGAUGGAGUAGGCAGACCCUGCCUAACGGAACUCCGUUGCAUCCUCAUUAAAGACAAUCGGACAGCCGGCCUCAAGAGUGAAGGAUUCAUACAGACUAUGCUUGCGCCCUUAUUCAGGGUCACUUAAUGCUCUUCAGCAAUCUAAAAUGGCAAUGCAAACUGCAUCGUGUGUGAAAUACCUUGCACGGCUAAUUUAGCUGUCCAUGUUUUAACUGUCUACAAGGAAAGCAACAAUUUUCAUUUUUAACAUAAUUUUUUACAGACGAAAUCCAGCAUUAGUGAUGCAAUUUCUUAAAACUUUUUAGUGUUUUUUGUCACAUAUAGGGCACAAUCAUGUUUUUUUUUCGAAGUAACGCUUGAAACAAAAAAAAGGGCGUAAAUCUUUUUUGAAAGAUUUAGAAAAGUAUUAAUUGUUGCUAAAACUUUUUCGAUGUUAAAAUACUUUCUCCUAUCCCAGCUUAAGAUGCAGAGACAACAAUAAGUAAAGCUUUUGUAGAAAGUGUAAACUAUGUAGUGCUAUCAUAACUUUGCUCUGUUUGUUUGAGAAUCCAAAGUACCUGACAGAGCAACUUUGGCUGAACCAAUGCUGUGAGUUUGUGGCGAGGAAUUGGGGUGGGGUGUGCUUAGGGAAACCUGUUUGAAAACAGCCAUUGUUUUUGCAAUUUCAAUUGGUGCUGCUAGUGACAGUAAUAUCACACUUCAGGUUAAAAUGAUAACUUUUUCACUAGUUUAAUCAUUGUGUUAUUUCCCCUUUUUCAAUGCAUAAUAAUCUGUUUUGAUUACACCUGCAAUUUAAAUGAAUAAAUGAUUCAUAUUUCUUUUUAUUUAUUUCCUUAAGGUUAAAAGUUUUUAUUUUUGUGUGCUAUCAAUUUAAAAUAAUAAUAGUCAUAUUAAUACAGAUAACAAAAUUGUAAUAAAAUUGUACGAGUUGGCUCAUACAAAAACGUACAACUUUUAAUCCCAUAGAGAAAAAUAAACGAACCAACGAGGUUAUAACAAUUUUUCCUAAAUUUAUCCCCAAACCCUAACCUAACCAUGAAUUUAAUAGGAAAAUAACACCACAGAAUAAAGAAAACAUUGGGGUUUGGAAUGAGAUGAGGGAAGCGAAUUACAGGUUAUUGACAUACACCGGUCAUUUCUAUUGCAAAAAUAAAUAUGGGAUGAGUAACCCAAUUUUUUCACAAAUGUUUUCUUUGUAAAAAAUAAAGUGUUGGAUUGGAGGCAAGUUAAAAGUGUUUGUUGGAUGGUCUGGAUGGGAAUAAAAGUUGUACCUUUUCGUGCGUGUCAAGUCGGACAAAAUCUGAAGAUUUCGCCAUCUCAUACGAAUUGUUGUUAUGAGAAUAUUUUGGAUUGUUUUGCACAUACAGUUGGCUUAUUGCCUACAUUAUAAGCAUGCAAAUCAUUUUUUUGUGUAUUUUGUAAAAAAUAAUAAUAAUAAUAAUAAAAUGCUAUUGUUUAAA